UGCAGUAAGUGUCCAACUUUGUACUGCAUUCUAAUUCUACCGAGAGUGGGGAGAAAAUGGAGUCUUAUCUUGUGAUAUUCCUUAGGUGUUUUUCCAUAACGGACGAAAACGGGAUUAAAGUAACAUUGUCAUGAGUUUGUGAACUGGUCGAAAUCAAGGUAUUUGGGAGUGUUUCGGCUGUUCAAGCUUUCCUUGGAUUUACAUUCUUCUUCCAUUUCUCUCACAUGGCAACAAUGUGCAACAGACUGCAAUGGAGAAAGGCCGUCCUUCUGACCCCCCACAAGACCUGGGACGAGGGGGAACGCGACCCUUAAACAAGGAGGGUCGUCGCCAUGGCAUCCGAUUAGCUUAGCUUAGCUUAGCGUAGCGUAGUUUAGCGUAGCGUAGAAUAGUGUAUUUGUUUAUAAAAAAACUGUAGAGUUCCACUAACUAAAACAAAAUAGAGGGACCCGACAGAGAGUAAAAGACAUCAGGACUUGUGCAACAAUCUUUGCUCAGAUCUUUUCCACUGGAGUGUGUGAGUGUGUUUGUGUUAUCUAUUUAGGUCAGCUUAAAAGCCCAGCUGAGGGAGAGGGUGUGUGUGUAUGUGAGUGUGUGUGUAUGUGUGGGGGAGUGUGUGUGUGUGCGUGAGUGGAGCGUGAGAGACACUGUAUCUUGUGUGAUUGUUUUUGAAGGGGGGCUUUAAAGGUAUUUGUAGGUGUGCUUUGGCACGCGCGUGAGUGAGUCAGUGUGAGGGGGGGGGGGACGUGUCUUUGAGUGAAUGCUUUUGUUACGAUAGACAAAAAAGUGUUCCCACUUGACCUGACUUGACUUAACAAAAGCACACCUAAUUUACACAGCCAACUAACUUGCCAACAGUCAGCUAGACUAGUUCAGACUCUACUGACACACUAGUCUAACCGUCACCGCAAACAACGUUGUUCCAGUACUCUAGUCUGAAGGAAAAAACACACAACAAACACAACAACAUCAUCCACAUAGAUCGGCAGCAGACAUGAGGCCAAAGACUUUCCCGGCAGCCCCCGGCUACGUGGGCAACACGCGCCAGCGUCUGCAGGAGAUCAAGGAGGGCCUGAAGCAGCCGGCCAAGCUGGUGAGCCAGGCCCUGCACGGCGGCCGUGGGGACGGGGGCAGGGGUGGCGGAGGAGGGGCGGAGAGCAAAGGGGGCGGCAAGGAGGGCAAGGACGGGCAGGGCGGGCGGCAGCAGCAGCUGCGGCAGCCGCAGAAGUUCAACAACUACCAGAACGCCUUGCGCGAGAUCCGCAAGUCGCUCAUGCCCUUUGCCAACGAGUCGGGCAACGCCACGGGGUCCUCCUCGGGACAUCACAUCGGGGACGUCAACCGGCAGAUGCUGCAGGACCUGGUCAACGCUGGCUGCGACGAGGAAAUGGCGGUGCGUGCGCUGAAGCAAACAGGAAGCCGGAACAUCGAGGCGGCGCUGGACUACAUCAGCAAGAUGAGCUACCUGGAUCCUCGCAACGAGCGCAUCGUACAUGUCAUCAAACAGACCUCAGACAGACCAUGUAAAGGUGGAAUGCCAAACUCCAUGGACCACACACACAGACCAAACAUCGAGGGCGGUGGCGAAGGAGCCAUGCCUCCUUACCACCAGAUUGGGUCGCCCAUGUACGAGGGCGCGCCGUACGGGGCGGAGGGCGACAUGACCCGAGGUCCCUACAUGGGCGGCCCCCCUGUCAUGAACUACAUGAUGCCUCCACCCAACGGCUCCACCCAGAGCUCUGCCAUGGGCAAUCCCAUGGGCCGCCCGCCCAGCAUGGGCGCCUACCCGCCAGGCAUGCCCCCGCAGAACCCCGGGAACCCCAUGUACUCCUCAGGUCCAGGGCAGCAGAAACCGUACCCCGGCAGCAUGGAGCAGGCUAUGAUGAGCUACGCGGUGUCCGGGCAGCCCCUGCAGAUCCAGCCCCAGCCACCGGGGGCUCCGGGCCCCGCGCCGCCGUCCCACUAUGAGUACGGGCACGGCAGGCCGCACAUGAUGGAGAGCGUUGGCUCGGGCUACCCGGUGCAGCGGAGCGCCUCCUUCCAGAACAAGAUGGCGCCCAUGGCGCCGCCUGACAACUACGUGAACAUGCAGGGCAAGGCGGGUAUGGUGGGGCAGAGCGGACCCGGACCCGGAGGGUACCCUGGAAACCUCUACCUGCCACCCCACUCGCACCCGCGCCAGAACAGCCCCACCUCCCACCAGGUGCACAUGAUGUCUCGUCCGCCAGGCGGGCCGGGUGGUGGCGGUCCGGACUUCUCGGACAUCCCCCAGGCCCUGCUGACAUCGUCCCGGGCCAGCCUCAACCUGGAUCUGUACGAGCACAUGUGGAGCAGUGGAGUGCCACCUCAAGGCCCCGAUGGCCCACCAGGGGCCCCACCUCCCGGCAGGCAACCCCAGCCGCAGGGUCCCUUCCGUGGGGAGGUCCGCGUUCCGAGCCGCACCAACUCCUUCAACAACCACCAGAAGGUGAAUGUGACGGUGCGGCAGGCCAUGCCAGGUGCCCCAGGCCCAGGUGGGGUGGUGGGUGGCGGUGUAGGUGGUGGUGGAGGGGGGAAGCAGGAGUCGGGCAUGGCUCCCAACACCAUCACAGCUGUCACCUCCCCGCCCAUCCAGCAGCCCGUCAAGAGCAUCCGGGUCAUGAGGCCCGAGCCCAAUACGGCCGUGGGGCCGUGCCACCCUGGCUGGCUGGCCUCAAAGCAGGCCAGCCAGAACCAGGACCCGGGUGGCGCUUGCCAGCCUGACGCCCAUGGUGGCGGUGGGGGCUACAUGACCGAUGACUCAGGGUACGGGGUCCGCGAGGCCGCCCAGGAGCCCCGAUGCCCUCCUCCGCCGUACCCCAAAACCCUGAUGAAUCCUGGGGCAGUGUCUGACCAGCAGCAGCAGCAGCAGCAGCAGCAAGCAGCCUCAUCCCUGGAAGCAGCUGCCAUGCAGGCUGGGGCGCCAGUCGUCGGCAAGGCGGAGGAGAGCCACGGCAAGGAGGUCAAGAGCAAGUCCAGCAAGGGGGAGAAGGGCGUCAAGGACAAGAAGCAGAUCCAGACGUCGCCGGUGCCCGUGCGGAAGAACGCCCAGCGUGACGAGGAGAAGAGGGAGUCACGCAUCAAGAGCUACUCGCCCUUCGCCUUCAAGUUCUACAUGGAGCAGCACGUGGAGAACGUCAUGAAGACCUACCAGCAGAAGCUCAACCGACGCCUGCAGCUGGAGCAGGAGAUGUCCAAGGCGGGUCUGUCUGAGGCGGAGCAGGAGCAGAUGCGUAAGAUGUUGAACCAGAAGGAGUCCAACUACAACCGACUGCGGCGCGCCAAGAUGGACAAGGCCAUGUUCAUCAAGAUCAAGACGCUGGGCAUUGGGGCCUUCGGGGAGGUGUGUCUGACCCGCAAAGUGGACACAGGGGCACUGUACGCCAUGAAGACCCUGCGCAAGAAAGAUGUGCUCAACCGCAACCAGGUGGCUCACGUGAAGGCGGAGCGCGACAUCCUGGCGGAGGCGGACAACGAGUGGGUGGUGCGUCUGUACUACUCCUUCCAGGACCGCGACAGCCUCUACUUCGUCAUGGACUACAUCCCCGGUGGUGACAUGAUGAGCCUGCUGAUCCGCAUGGGCGUGUUUCCCGAGGAGUUGGCGCGCUUCUACAUCGCCGAACUGACGCUGGCCAUCGAGAGCGUGCACCGCAUGGGCUUCAUCCACCGCGACAUCAAGCCCGACAACAUCCUCAUCGACCGCGACGGACACAUCAAGCUCACCGACUUUGGCCUGUGCACCGGCUUCCGCUGGACGCACAACUCCAAGUACUACCAGAAAGGGAGCCAUGUGAGGCAGGACAGCAUGGAGCCCAGUGACUUCUGGGACGACGUGUCGAACUGUCGCUGUGGCGACCGGCUGAUGACUCUAGAGCAGCGGGCCAUGAGGCAACACCAGCGCUGCCUGGCACACUCCCUUGUGGGCACGCCCAACUACAUCGCACCCGAGGUGCUACUCCGCAAAGGCUACACCCAGCUGUGUGACUGGUGGAGUGUGGGGGUGAUCCUGUUUGAGAUGCUGGUGGGGCAACCGCCAUUCCUGGCCGCCACCCCAACUGAGACCCAGAUCAAGGUCAUCAACUGGGAGAGCACGUUGCAGGUCCCCCCCCAGGUGAAGCUCUCCCCCGACUCGGUGGACAUUAUCAGCAGGCUGUGCUGCUCGGCCGAGGACCGCCUGGGCUCCAACGGCGCCGGCGAGAUUAAGGCGCACCCCUUCUUCCAGAACCAGAUGGACUUCUCCAGCAACCUGCGCCAGCAGCCGGCGCCGUACCGGCCCAAGAUCGCCCACGCCAUGGACACGUCCAACUUCGACCCCGUGGAGGAGGAGGGCGGGCCGGGCGCGUGGAGCGACAGCGGCGACGGGGGCUCGUCCCGCGGCGGGGCCUACGACACGCUCUGCUCGCCCCACGGCAAGCACCCGGAGCACGCCUUCUACGAGUUCACCUUCCGCCGCUUCUUCGACGACAACGGCUGCCCGUUCCGCUACCCCAAGCCCCUGGAGGACACUCAGCACCAUGGAGGUGGUGGAGGUGGAGGGGCAACUGGGGGUGGUGGUGGGCUACGACAGGAGGUGCUGGAGGACGAGGAAGAGGAUGAGGAGGAGGAAGAGGAUGAGGAGGAAGAGCACGGUGAGGGGUGUGAGCCUGUGUACGUGUAGAGGAGAGGACAGGAGAGGAGAGGGGAGCACAGCGAUGCCAAAGGCCACUACCAAAAAAAGAAAGGCCUUCCAUCUCAUCAUCAUCACCACCAUCAUCCAAAACCUUCCCAUUGACACGUCAGGAACGGUGUGUGAAUGUGCGUGUGAGCGAGCUGGACCCUGUGUAGCCGUGUGUGUGUGUGUACUGUUUAUGUUUUCUCUUUUCAAGCAAUAGGUCAGAGACAUGGAGAGAGAUUAGGAAACAGAGAAAGAACUACAGCAAAGAGGAGAGGAGAGGGAGGCUUGGAGAUGGAGAGGAGGCUUAAGAGAGUGCCGGACCACCUGAAUUUUAUUUCACAACUCAUCUCCUCAUCAGUAUCUCCGUACCCGUACCUGUGAACAGUAGAUUUUAUAGAGGACGCCGCUGUCGAACCUGGGACCAAACAGCAUGUGCUAUACAGAUACAGCAAAUCAAGUAACAUGUUAUCUGACUUCCACAACACGAGCACACACACACGCGUGCGCGCACGCACACACCCACUCACACACACGUGUUUCACAAAGAUUAUCAGGUCAUUAAUGUAAUUUUCUAUUGUCAGGUCGUAUUUUUUUCAUUAACGUUUUGUUUCCAGUUCAGGGUGGUGGACAGAGGACUUAUGAACCCACUAUGACAGAAACACAACACAGAACCUCUGGACUUUUUUUGGACAUUAUUUGCCACCAAUAGUAUCACUUUUUUUUUCUUUGGUUAACAGUUUUUUUUUGGCACGUUCCAUUCCUUCACUCUGUAGUCCGCCCGGGAAGGCCGCUUUUUCAGGCCCCUCUGAAGUAUCCUUAGAAAAAAAGAACAUAACAGGGCGUCAUGUAUUGCAGGGCUGGUCUGGGACCAAAACAUGGCCCAGGCUUUUUUUUGUUUUGCAUAAGCCGGCCUUAACACAGACACAGGCCACUUUCUUACAAUAUCUUGACUGGCUGAAUACAUUGUCUAUAUUGAUGAUGGAACAGUGGGCCUCCCCCUCUAAAUUGUGGUCCAAUCCCCAGGAAAACAACAACAACAACAACAACAACAACAGUAUUGUCCCCUGAGGACUGUCGGCCCACCAGGAAAAUGCCCUGUAUGCCAGAUAACCAGUCCAGCCCUGCUGUAUUAUACUGUACACACCCGGAAAACCACAUUUCCUCACCUUCUUCUUGUUGUUGUCCAUGACACUUCCUGACGCAGCCAUUCCAAACAAAGUGGAAAAGAUACUGUGAUGUUGGGAGUCGGAGCGAAAGAGAAAUGAACAUUUUGUGUGAUGGGGAUGAACAGGAGCAUGUUUUGUGUGUGUGUGUUUAAUAAUGUUUGUUUUCUGUUGUCUAUUGUCCCAUCAACAUAAGCAGAACUGAUAGGUUGGUCCAGGUCUUGCACAGCUGAAUCUGCCAAAUGACACGCACACGCGUGCACACGCACACACACACACACACACACACACACACACACACACACACACACACACACACACACACACACACACACACACACACACACACACACACACACACACACACACACACCUACCUGCCUGUGUACACAUGGUGCAUAAUAUCAUCAUCAUUAUUAGGCAGUAAAAGCCAUGUUUGUCUGGCAGUGUUAUGUUAACGCUGCAUCUGAAUUGUUUGUACGUUCCCAAAGGAAUUGGUUUCACAUCACUGAAACACUUCAGGCAGAGGCCCCAGUACGAUUGGGGUGACUUUCUGUGGCCUGCUAAAAAAAAAAAAAACUGGCUUUGAAAUGCUAGCUUCUUUUGAAUGUCUGUUGGACUCCCUCUAGUGGUCAAAAGUCAUAGCUUGUUUUGUACAGUUGUUGGCUGACAUUUGACUCCCACUGGAUUUGUAUUUUUGAGUGAAACAAGCACUCAGAUGAAAGACUGUCACUCACACACCUUUUUGAGUUGUUUUGAUGUGCAGUCUUCAUGAUGAGGUCAAAUGCUAUUCAUAAAAAACGUCUCACAGCGUUGAGAACAGUUCCCUAAACUGAAACCCACUUUUAUUGUAAUAUUUGCCACAUGGGCCUACCACAGAAAACCACCAUUUCCACAUUUUGUGUAGAGUUUUACAGAAAUGUAUUCCUGAUUUUUGGAUUUACGAUGUAGCCAGUUUCCUGAGGUGAAACAUGCAUUGUAAUGUUUGACACAGAGCUACCACAGAAAACCAUAAUUUCUGCUUAACAUAAAUUUGUUUCUGAUAUUCUAUUUUUAGGUCACUGUUCAUUCUCCUCUUCUGUCUGUGCCUUUAUCUAGUCGGUCCCAACCUCAAAGGUCAUUCUUGUUAACUGCUGGCCUUCGUUAAAAUACAAACAUUUUCCUAAAUGCUUAAUGAGUAAUACUAAUGCAAUUGGCCUCAGAAACAUGCAUACAUAUGCCUUACCUACACCAUACAGUUCAUAGCUUGUUUCCCACAAACCCAUGUCUAUAAACACAAGAACCGCUACAGCAUAGCUUUUCUUUAUCAUGUUGACAGCCUAACCUCUUGAUCCGAUAAGGCUUUGGUCAUUCUCACUAUGACAGCAUGAAGGAUGAGGGGUGCAGUUUUCCAACAGCCAAUAUUGGCAAAUGCUCAAUGCUCCUUUAUCUGCUCAUCAGGCAGUCAUGGAAAAAUAAAAAGAAACAAAUCAAAGAUAGAUAAAGAGAUUCUUAAAUUGUAUGUGAUGGUAUGACUAUGUGCAAUACAGAUAUGAAAAAAAAACAAUAUAUUAUAUAGUUUUCUAAACACAACAAAUAUCCUUUUUUGAACAUUUAAUACUGAAAUACAAUAUGUACAAAUAUAUAUUAUAUUGGUUUUAUAUAUGUUCAAUGUAGUUACAUGACUCAAUGCUGCUUAUUAUUUGUUAUUAAUAUUAUUAUUGUCAUUAUCAUCAUUAUUUCACGUUACUCAUUUCUUUUUCUUUCUUUUGAGUAUGUUUGAGCGUGUUUGUACAAAAGUGUGGAUUUGAUUGGCCGUGUGUUUUGGUGUGUUUUUGUUUGUUGUGUUUGAGGUGGGUUGUGGUGUGGUGUGUGGUGUGUGGUGUGUGCCUUCUUAGUGAGUGGGAUGUGUGUGUGGGUGCCUGUUGCCACACGAUGAUCAGUAUUUGAAUAAAGGUGGAAACUCCUUGCAAACCAGGCUGGCCCUGCUUGCAUCAGAGGACGUUUGAGAAAGAGAGAGAGAUGGAAAAAAAGAGUCUGACUGAUGGAGGGGAAAAAACAACCAGAGAGAGACAGAGAAGAAUAGAACUGUUAAAAAAAGUGUGCCAUACGAAGAUGUAUUUUAAGUAUUAGGCCUAUAUGACUCUGAUAUAUAUUUUUGCAUAUGUAUACCUUUUUUUCCCAGACAAACUAGUAAGACGGGACAUGAGCAGGUGUGGCUUUAAGCUUUUUUCCCAUCCGUGCAUGACAUUAAAAGUCAUUCUUGAAGUCCACAUUCUUCACAUUUUAUUUAUGCCUGCAUGGUAGUGAGUCCAGAUAGAGCUCGAUGACAAUCAUGUGUGUACUCCACACGUCGGGUCUAUAUCAAUCAAGAUAACAGCCAAUACUAUUGAUCUGGACAUCUCAACAGUGGGGCUGAUGCAGAAUUCCAAGCCGCGUAAGCCUGUUGUAUACAGCCCACUAUCUGCACAAGUGCAAGAGGUGCAUAACACACUUAAGUGACUGGGCAUGUGGGCUCUAGUGAGAAAGACAUCAUCAAUGUUUUUUUUGAUGAAACAGGUUGUUUUCCCUGACCUAACAUUUCUAUCCCCCUGCAGUCAUCCAUUCUCUGGUAGAGUUGAAUACGUGUGGGAGUAUUGUUCUCUUCCAUUUGUCGUUCAUAUGAUCAUGUGAUUGGUGAUUUAUUUUAAACUGACCAUUUACAAACAGAUUCGGGAGAGCGAGACUCGGUGAGACUGGUCUAUGGAAGUUGGCGUGGAACUGUUGGCACGAGUUUGUGUGUGGUCGUGUGUUGACGGAUGGGGGUUUCUCUUGUAAUUUACUUUUGAAAGUGUUGACAAUCUAUGACUGACUUGAUAUCUUACUUCCCUUUUUUCCUCUGUUUGAUGAUGUGAUUAUUUCCCCCUGCUAUUUAGUGUAUCUUUUUUAUUUGUACUCCUGGGUGGGACUGCUUGAUGACUCAUCUGCUUCUCCUUCCUGUAUCAUACCACACUGUUACUCUUGAAUAUAUAUUUAUACAGAUAUACAUAUUUUUUGUAUCUUAUUCUUUCCCCUGUUCCCUCAUGUUUUCCUGAGCUAACUUUUAAACCUCCAGUAUUACAUACAGCAUACAAUUUGAUUUAUAUUUCCUUUUUUUACAUUCAUGUAUGAAAUGAGAAUUUGUAAAAAUGCUUUCACCCCCCUUCACUGUGUAAAAUAUAUGUUUAAAUUAAAUUAAUAAAUCCUCAAAUGUUGUCUUUUCUUUG